AUGGAUGUAACGGAAGUAACAGGCUCUACGACAAGAAAGGUAAUCGCGGGUGAUCAUUCAGUUAACAAUGCUUCCCCUAAUGAGAGAGUAAAUCACCAAAAGUUGGUAUCGAGCAGAACAAACUUUACUAGUAGGACGGAUAGAAGGGGAUGGAGAUCUUCUAAGUGGCGUAACGCAAAAUUUGGCUCAGAAAUGUCCGAAUCUUCAAAUAUAAAUAGUUCAAUCAAUCUAACAGAGAAGGAUUUUUCAAAAUUUCAGGACACUGAGUCAUCAGAAAGUUUUAAUGUUAUAAGAGGGUUCUGCCUUUGUGAAGGAUAUAAUUUGGAAAGUAUUAGGUCUGCUCUUGAUAAACAUAAUUACCGCCAUUGGUAUGUAGAUAAAGAAAAAACUAUACUAGCAUUUGAUCUAAACCCAUAUUUUGAUAAAAUUGAAAUCACUUGGGCAACUCAAGGACGAUUAGGUAAGGUUCUUUUUCCUGCUGGUAUAUACCCACCGAUUCAAAUGAUAUUAGGAAAACUUAGUAGAAAUCUCUCAAUAGAAGAAAAUUCUAGGGACAAUCUAAUUGGACUUGAUAAAAUAGUCGACUGGAGGGUAUCAGAUAGAUUGUUCACAAAAGCCGAAAAUGAAACAAGUUUUUCGGAUUUGAGAUACAAAAAACAAUACUCUAGUUAUGAUGAGCAUUCUGAUUUUCAGAAUGACAUUUUGUCAAAUUCAGUUCUUUCUUCAAAUUUUACAAGUAUGUCCAAUCACGAGAUAUUGGAGCGAGGGGAAUGUUAUUUAAACGAUGAAAACUACUGGAAAAAGGUUGAAAAUCCUAUUUUUAUAUUUAAGAAUGGAGUAAUUGUUGCUUGGAGCAAUGAAGAAGUUACAUCAAACUCGAUUACACAUUUUGGCUCUCCCAAGUAUUUAGAUGAAAGGUUUGACGAUAUUAUAACUUUCCUUUCUCUAUAUUCAAUUGGAGGUUUUGUUGGGAAAUACUCUAAGAAUUGCCAGUACUAUACUAUGUUGUUUAAAUAUGGGAAUUUUUCGUAUAGCAGGUUUUAUAGAAGUAACCGAAAAAUGAUUUCCGAUAUUGUAACUUUGAAAACUAGAAGUGCAGAAGAAAAACUUGCAGCUUCCUUAUCAAUUGGUCAAAGCAUUAGACUUUCUUUAUUUGAGGGCUUUAUUGAGGAUUGCGUUGACAAUAUUAGGUAUUUACCAUUAAAACUUGCUCAAGUUGGUGCUUCUAGUGUUAUUGAAGAAGAAUUUAAGGUAGAAGUUCCCCAAAUAAGAAAAAGAUUUUCCGAAUUAUAUUCUUACCAAAUUUCAGUUAACUUGGUUGAGGACUUUCUUGAUAUACCUGAAAUCUUUUGGCAUAAUUAUAGAUUUCAUUCGGUCUGGCGAAAUCUACAACAAUAUCUGGAAAUUUCAGAAAGGCUUCAGGUUCUUAAUAGACGUAUAGUAAUGAUGCAGGAACUUCUUAAAGUUAUUACUGAGGAGUAUCAAACAACGCAAGCUAACCGAUUGACUUGGAUUGUAAUUAUUCUUUUAGCUAUUAAUUGCUUCUCAUCUUUUUAUAGGCACAUCUUACUAAACCAUCCACAUAACAUUUCAGAGCAGGGUAAACCUAUUUAA